AUGGCCUUCAGUCUUUCUGUCCUCGCCAUUUUUUGGCUUUUGUGCGUAGCAUGCAUUUUACGCAUUUUUUCCUUGUUGCCUGCCCAGAAAUCCUCUGGUAGAGUACGGGUGUCGAAUAAUACCUCUACUACCCGGAAGCUUGCCGUCUUUUUAGGAUCAGGUGGCCAUACCAGCGAAGCCAUAGCCCUUCUCUCUUCCUUGGACUUCACUCGGUUUUCUCCACGGAUAUACAUAGUUAGUGAUGGCGACAACUUGAGUGCCCAGAAGGCGAGAGACCUUGAAUCCAAGAAAUGUGCUUCUUCAUCAGGGAACAACUUCGCCGUUUUGACAAUCCCGCGUGCCCGACGUGUCCACCAAUCUCUUUUUUCCAUCCCCCUGACAGCAUUUUGGUCUCUAUCAAGAUGCAUGCAACUCGUAACUUUGUCCCCUCUUUUGUCUUCAUCAUCUUCUCAGCCAUUCGCCGAUGUUCUGAUCCUUAAUGGCCCUGGUACUUGUCUCUCCCUCUGUAUCGCUGUCUAUGUCAGCAAAUUCAUCGGGUGUCCAGCUCCCAGGCUUAUCUACGUGGAGUCGUUUGCACGAGUUCGUUCCUUAUCCUUGUCGGGCAAGUUGCUUCGCCCCUUGGUAGACAGAUUUGUUGUACAAUGGCCACAACCCUUGGCGGAUGGAGGUCGGGGGGAUUCCUUUGGUUGGCUUGUCUAGUAUGGGUAGUUCGGAGAAACUUCCAGGGCCAAAUCUCUUAAUCUCGAUGUUCAAUCACGGAG